GAGCAGGACUCAUCCUUAUUGGUAUUUUCAGCACAAUCAGGAAAAACUUCAAAAGCUUUAAUGAGGCUUCAUCUGCACAUCACUAUUGUUUAGUGUUACCAUCACAAACUCCGUUCACUUCAUCCCUGAGAAACAGUUUGAUUGGCAGCAGGAGGUAACAUGAAAUAUAAAUCCAGCUUUAAGAAGUACUUAUGCACAUGAAACAUCUCCAGAAACAACGUGGUUUAAUAAUAGAAGGCUGAACGACGGAUGUCUAUAAGAAGCAGCUUGUUUACAGCAUUCCUCGCUUAUGGCCACACCACCCUGAGAGAACCCCUGAUCUCGGAAGCUUAGCAGGGUCGGGCCUGGUUAGUACUUGGAUGGGAGACAGCCUGGGAAUACCAGAUCUUUUAAUAAUGCAGUCAGCAGAAGAGGGACACGUCACCCCCAUAGAUCUACAAAAUGAAGGAUUCCAAGAGAAACUAAUAAAAAAGGAGGAGGAAGAAGAUGGAAGUUACUUCUGUGAAGGAUCUUUCAUUCCUGUGGAACACGUCACCUCUGAGGAACACCUCACCCCAGAGGACCAACAGUGUGGAGGUUUCCAGAUGAAGCCUGUGAAGAAGGAAGAAGCUGAAGAUAAAGAUGAUCUCAAACUGAACAAGGAUUUCUGCUGCCAAACGUCCUCUGGUACUGUCAGCAUUAACACGUCUCUCAGUCACACACAGGAAGAAGGAAACGUCUGCUCACAGUGUGGGAGGAGCUUCAGGUACCAGUGUCGUCUCAAAAUACACCAGCACAUUCACACUGGAAAAAAACCAUAUCAGUGCUCACAAUGUAAGAAGAGUUUUAAUUCACAGAGUAAGCUCAAAAUCCACCAGCGCAUUCACACUGGAGAGAAACCGUAUCAGUGCUCACAGUGUGGAAAGAGUUUUAAGACAAAGACUGAGCUCAAAGUACACCAGCGCAUUCACAGUGGAGAGAAACCGUAUCAGUGCUCACAGUGUGGGAAGAGCUUCAAGUGCCUGAGUGCUCUCAAGAUACACCAGCGCAAUCACACAGGAGAUAAACCGUAUCAGUGCUCACAGUGUGGAAAGAGCUUCAGGACCCAGGGUGCUCUCACACCUCACCAGCGCAUUCACACUGGAGAGAAACCAUAUCAGUGCUCACAGUGUGGAAAGAGUUUUAAUCAACAGAGUGCUUUCAAAAGACACCAGCACAUUCACACUGGAGAGAGACCGUAUCAGUGCUCACAGUGUGGGAAGAGUUUUAAUCAACAGAGUGCUUUCAAAAGACACCAGCACAUUCACACUGGAGAGAAACCAUAUCAGUGCUUACAGUGUGGAAAGAGUUUUAAUAUAAAGAGUGAGCUUAAAAUACACCAGCGCAUUCACAGUGGAGAGAAACAUUAUCUGCAUCUGGAAUCAGAUACUAACAGAGUCUGUACUAGAUUUUAAUUAACAGAGUUUGUGCUGUUAAUACAGUUCAUGUGGUAAAUGUUAACUGUUUGUUUAAGAGUUGUUUGGUAACUGAUGAUGAUUCAUAGCAGCGGUAAGUGAAGCGAUUCGUGCACGAGAAUGUAGUGGAGCCUCGUGAAGUUCAUUUCAUGCCUUUGGAUGCAUUGUGGGUAUGUUUAUUUGUUAAUAGACGUUUUAAUUGAUGUUUAUUAAGAGUAUUAGUUGAUUAUGUAUUACAUGCUUGAAUCAGGUUAGCUCAUGAUGCAUUAAGUUAAAUGAAUUUGCACAUGUUUGCUUAUUAGUAUUAAAAUGCAUAACUUGGAAUAUAUGCAUAUGGACUUUAAACUUAAAUAUCAUUUGAUAUUCAUGUCUUGAUGUGCUGAAGUUUAUAAACAUGUUGUUUGUACUUCUUGUAGUUUUACCCUACUUCCUGUUUGCCAUUAA